AAUUGAGUCUUCUGCAAAACAGAGGAUCUCAAUAUGCUGGACUCGUUGACUUAUCUUUUAAAGAAAGUUUUUCUCCUGACCAAUUUCACCCUGUUUAAUAUUAUUUCUUCAGAGGAAGACAAGUGCACAGAUUAUUGUGAGGGACCUUCUUUUCAAAGAGGAGAUUUACUAGAGGUCCCGCGCACUCUGUUUAUACACUUUGGUAUCUAUCUAGGUGAGAACAAAGUGGCUCAUUUGAUGCCAGAUAUUAUGCCUGUGAUCACUAAUGACAAGUGUCAAAUUCAGAAAAUGGUCACCAAUAAAAGACUUCUCCUCGGUGUACUUUCCAAGAACGCCACAAUAAGAGUUGAUACAGUUGAAGAUUUUGCUUAUGGAUCGAAAAUUCUACUGAAUAACAUGGACAACAUUUUAAAGAUGCAGCCAUUGCCCAACGAAGAAAUUGCAAAAAGAGCGGAAAAACUUAUCGGUGUUAUUCCCUACAGCCUACUUUGGAAUAACUGUGAACAUUUUGCUACCUACUGCAGAUACGGCUCAUUCGUGAGUUUACAAACAGACAAGUUCUGUGAAUCGCUGAAAUCAAUGAUCCGGGACCAGAGGAGCAUCCUGCUCUCAGUUUUUCUGGGAAUGCUGUCCAUCGCCUAUCUGGGCAUGGCCCCUUCCACUGCCAUACCCACAGUCUUCAUCCCAUUCAUGCUUUGGAUGGCUGGCUGACUGAUCCGGGACCAGGAACUUUGUCUGGAAACAGUGUCAUUUUAUUUUAAGGACACGUGUGUUUCUCAAUGCAUGAGAUGUGUGCAUUUCUUCCACAAUAGAACUUACUGUGUAAGUCCAAAAAGCUAUGCUUAUAAUUUUAUACCUAAAUGAACAAUAUUUGUAUGAUAUCUAAUUUUUAUUCUAGGUUUUUACGAUAAUUGUAUUGUAUUAAUAAUUCUUUAACAUUUUUAUAAAACGUCACAUUUUUGCAGUAUAGUUCUUCAUGUAAAUGCCAUGUACUAUAUGAAUAAUGUAUGAAAUGUAUAGUAUUAUUAAAAUUACUUGAGCUCUCUUGUGCUUUGAGUUGUAAAUAUGAGAAGCUCCAUAUUCAUCCACCAAUUCAGACUUUUCCUUGUAAAAGAAACAAUAUGCACUAUGACUAACUCUAAUGGACACAUUUGGCUUAUAUUGUUACUCUUUAAAUGAGAAAUAUUUUACUCCAUAUAGUGGUCACUGUUGGCACUGAGUUGAGUUGAUUAUUGUUAAUGUUAAUAAUGUAAAAAUUACUUCUUUUUUUAAAAAUAAAGAAAAUAUAAUGUCACUCA